GCCUAAUUUUGUUGUCUUCUGGAAGAGCUCCCUACAGUGUGCAGCUUAUGUUUUUGUUUUUAUGUAUUUAUUGUUAGUGCAUUUUUUCUUUUUUUAAAAGGAAAAUAUUUUCCUUUAUUAUUUCCUUUGUUUUUUGGGCACUCCAGUCACACCCAUCCCUUUUUUUAUUCAUUGAAAUGCUCCCAGCUGCCCUGGUCCCAGGGUUGUGCUCGCCGGCGGACGCGGGAUGCAGCAGAGCUGCCUGCCUGGGAAAAGACACGAGAAAUGAGGAAAAUCAAAAGUGUUCUGUCAGGGGUGAAACUGUGACAUGUGGGACGGCAAGAGCCUGAGAUGAGAGAUGCAGGACUUCAGGCGGCUCUUCAAAAUGCAGUUUAUUGUUUCCAAGAUGUGACAUCCGCUCAUGGUUUAUUUAGAACAUAGGGAAGGAUCAUUGGUGGAAGGGAAGUUAAGCCUCACUCCAGACCCUACAUGGCUCGUUUAGAAAUUAAGAGUGGCUCAAAAACUAGUUACUGUGGAGGGUUCCUGAUUCGCCCAGAUGCAGUGCUCUCAGCAGCUCACUGUGUGGAUAAAAUUGGGACAGUGAAGGUCACUGUGAUUCUGGGAGCCCACGACGUGACCAGCCGCGAGCAGAGCCAGCAGAAGAUCCGUGUUGGACAAUGGGUCAUCCAUCCCGACUAUCAGUCCUCCCCUGAUUACGUUAAAAAUGACAUUGUGCUGCUGAAGCUGAAGCCAAGAGCCAGGAUCAAUGAGAAUGUGCAAUUUAUCUCCAUACCCAGGAGAAAUGAACAUCUGAGAGAAGGGGCUUUAUGUAGGGUGUCUGGCUGGGGCUUGACAUCUGACACAGGGAACAGGAGUAAUGUGUUGAGGGAGGUGGAACUGAAGGUGCAAAAGGAGGAAAUAUGUCAGCAGCUUUUCAAAAACUACCAGCGUCAGUCCAUGAUCUGUGUUGGUGAUGAAUACAGUAAAAAAGCAUCUGGCAGGGGUGAUUCUGGUGGCCCAUUAGUCUGCAAUAAGAAGGCUCAUGGCAUUGUUUCUCAUGCACGUAAACGCCACCGCUUCCCUGAGGUAUUCACCAGGAUCUCAUACUUUGAACCCUGGAUACGUGAGCAGCUGAGGAGAUUUGCACUCCAAGAUAUUCCUUACUCUCCAUUCUCUGAUUAAAAUGCUCAGUGCCCUUCUCCACAAUGCAUCAAGAAGCCCCCAGGGGCAGCUGAAGUGAAGUCAAAGAAGUCCCCGUGGUGCAGGCACAGCUUUGGCACUGAGGAGAGUGUCCAUGGCAAGGUCCAAAUGCAGGUCCCAAGUACAGCCAGCUUCCCAGUGCUCCCUUCCUCCCACUGCUGCCCCAGCUCUGUUUCUGACCAUCAAUAAAAGCAUGUUCAAACUC